AUGGCAUCAUCAUCAUCGAACGUCGUCGGCGUUCACUAUCGUGUAGGAAAGAAAAUCGGAGAGGGAUCUUUUGGUGUGAUUUUCGAAGGCACCAAUCUGCUCAACAACCAGCAGGUCGCCAUCAAAUUUGAACCCCGAAAGAGUGAUGCACCCCAACUCCGAGAUGAAUAUAGAACUUACAAGAUCCUCGUUGGAUGCCCUGGCAUUCCUAACGUCUACUACUUUGGACAGGAGGGUCUCCACAACAUCCUCGUUAUCGAUCUCCUCGGUCCCUCUCUUGAAGACCUUUUUGAUCAUUGCGGCCGAAGGUUCUCCAUCAAGACGGUUGUGAUGGUUGCGAAGCAGAUGCUUUCGAGGGUGCAGACAAUCCACGAGAAACAUCUCAUCUAUCGUGACAUCAAGCCAGACAACUUCCUCAUUGGUCGCCCUGGAACCAAAGCCUCCAAUGUCAUUCACGUUGUCGAUUUCGGCAUGGCAAAGCAAUAUCGUGACCCCAAGACGAAGCAACAUAUUCCAUACCGUGAGCGCAAGUCACUUUCAGGCACUGCUCGUUAUAUGAGCAUCAACACACAUUUGGGCCGAGAGCAGUCGCGAAGGGAUGACCUCGAGGCACUAGGACAUGUUUUCAUGUAUUUCUUGCGCGGCGGACUGCCCUGGCAAGGUCUGAAAGCUGCUACAAACAAGCAGAAGUACGAGAAGAUCGGAGAGAAGAAGCAGACCACUGCCAUCAAGGAUCUUUGCGAGGGAUUCCCCGAGGAGUUCUCGAAGUAUCUCACUUACGUACGAAACUUGGGAUUCGAAGAUACGCCUGAUUAUGAUUAUCUCCGGGAGUUGUUUACUCAAGCUCUCAAGAAUACCGGCGAGGUCGAGGAUGGUGAAUACGACUGGAUGAAGAUCUCCAAGGAUUCGGGAAAGGGCUGGGACAGCAAGAGCCACAACAAUGCCUAUCACCCAAACCGCCUGGGUCCCUCUCAGGUAGAGCUCCACAGCGGGAGUCGCCAGGCGAAUAUGAGCUCUCACCAAACACCCCAGAACUUGACAGUGCACCGUUUAAACGCCGCGCAACCCCCCACUCCUUCACAGAACAAACCGAACAAGCAGCUGAGAGAUCGAACAAACGCCCCAGGCGCAUUGUCGGCUCCACGAAACAGCGGGGUGGGGGGUGGCCGGGACAUGCCUACUCCGGCUGGCUCGACGCAGGCGCAAUUCCAGAACAGCACCCAGAACCUGCCGCAGCAGAGAGGUCCCCAGCAGACCCAGACUCAACCCGCCCAGCCUAGUCCACGACCAGCUGAGCCCCAACCAAGUGGCUUCCAGAAGCUCAUGAAGAGCAUCUGCUGUGGUUAG